CAGAGAGGCUAGUGGCAUGUGGACCCUGGUUUUCGACGGCAGCAAUGGAAGCUUCCAUGGUUGCGACUGUACCAAGACCGACUACUUUCACCACCACUCCAAGGCUUGAAAGCAAGCCUCUAUAAAGCUCGUCGCACCUCUUACCCCGCUUCCCAUUACUUCCACGCCUAUUCUUUUGCUCAACUACACCUUACCCCGCCAUGGACGAUGCCCGUAAAGGCGACGCUGCUCUAAGCGCAAGCAAACCCGACGAAGCGAUUGAACACUACACCAAGGCUCUCUCCGUCAACACCACGGCCGUCAAGUACUACAUCGGCCGCGCGACAGCCUACCAACGCACUGCCAAAUACGCCGAAUCCCUCAGCGAUGCCGAGGUCGCCGUUGUCCUUGCAAAGAAACGCGGCUCGCGCGAACUCAUCAAGGACGCCCAAUUUCGACGCGCCGUCGCUCUGUUCCACCUCGGAAGAUAUGCAGAUGCCGACUAUCUGCUGAAAAUCGUAAAGGGCCUUGACGAGAAGGACAAGAUGCUGCCCAUUUGGGAGUCCAAGGUUGCAACAAAAUUGAAGGAUAUACCAGAAGACGGCGAGAUGAGGAAAGUUAACGUCAAGGAGACUCCGGAGGUCGAUGUGCCCAGCGCACCUGUCUCUGCCGCCCCAGCGAAGGCUGAGCAGCCUGCCCCGUCCCAGGCCCCGAAGCCUGUCGCCCCGACCCCGAAAGACAAGAUCAAGACAGACUGGUACCAGUCGCCUGACACUGUUACCCUCACAAUCAUGGCCAAGGGCGUGGACAAAGACAAAGUCAGCGUGGAAUUUGAGGGGAGAUCCGUGUCUGUCUCAUUCCCCACUGCCGACUCCUCAGAUUACAGCUAUAGCGCCGACCCUCUAUACGAACAGAUCGACCCUUCACAAUCGAAAUACCGAGUCACACCCACCAAGUUGGAGAUAACAAUGCGCAAGGCAACCACGGGGCUGAAAUGGCAUGAUCUUGAGCACCCCGACGGCGACGUUAGCACUGCCCAAGCAUCCACUAUUCCCCUGCCCGUCCGCACAACCAAGGACACCGCCCCUGCAUACCCAACGUCCUCCAAGUCAGGUGCGAAGAACUGGGACAAGGUUGUCGUGAACGAUCUCGACGACAAAGACGAGAUUGAGGGCGACGAGACAUCACACUUCUUCAAGCAGCUGUACAGCGGCGCCACCCCCGAGCAGCAACGAGCCAUGAUGAAGAGCUACUCGGAAAGUGGCGGUACAGUCCUUAGUACCGACUGGAGUAACGUGGGCAACAAGACUAUAACUCCCGAACCACCCGAGGGUAUGGAGGCGAAGAAAUACUCGGGAUAAUUGCUGCCUCGCAGCAAGAGUACGAGUGUUUGCCUUAUAGGUAAAGGACAACGUUUCAUGAUAUGAUGCAUAGCAGGGUGUUUGGGUAGGCAUUAGGAGUUAUACCCACGAGAGUGAGCGCACGUAGGAAGCCAUAUACGUGAAUUUUGUACUGAAAUAUAAAUGAACAUCUUCUUUCGACAACGGGGUCAUUUGUAAACAUUCACCAACGAUAAGAGGGUAUCUGACUCGUCCCAUCUGAUUCCUCCAAGCACCUAUACUCGCACGAUCUCGGUCGUACAUUGUAAGAAUCUUGGC